GUUAAGUCACGUGAUUUAAAAAUGGCUGCCUCCAUGGUGAAACGUCAAAUUCAGCCAGUGAAGCAUUGUUAGUGUUUAAAAGGAUGUCAGGAGAAGACAAUGCUAGCCUUCAGAGGGAUGAGGUUGAGGCCCUUGCAGCUAUAUACGGGGAUGACUGGUGUGUAGUGGAUGCUGACCACCACAUCUACUGUAUACAGAUAACUGAUGGCCAGGACAAACCACAAUGGACUGUCUGUAUACAGGUUAUACUGCCAGAAAAUUACCCAAGUGAAGCACCGCCAGAAUACCAGCUCAAUGCCCCCUGGCUGCGCGGGGAGGAGAGACUACAGCUGGAAGCAGCCCUAGCUGACCUGUAUUGUGAAAAUAUCGGGGAAAGCAUUAUAUAUCUGUGGACAGAAAAAAUCAGAGAAAUGCUACAAAACAAAAUCUCAUCAUCAGAUGAAGUGGACCUUGAGGCCCUCCGUCAAGUGACCAUAUCCACAGAGACGGACCACGGAGAUGAUGACUUUGACCCCGAGCUGGUGGAGAUUUCCUCUACAGUAUCAGAACAUGGCACAGAAAAUGGCAGUGAUUGUGAGUGUCCCGCCAUUGCACAUGGGGAGUGUGUAACAGACCGACGAUCCACAUUCCAGCCCCACCUGGCCCCCGUCUUUCACAGAUCUCAGGUGAAGAUGGUGCUUGAUAAACUGUGCGAAAACAAGAAGAUUGCAAAUGCCACUCACAACAUAUUGGCCUACCGUAUAGUUCAGCGACAUCCACAAAAGUCACCUAUAGUGAUACAAGGCUGUGAGGAUGAUGGCGAGACACAUGCUGGUUCCAGAAUGCUGCAUUUACUGCAGAUACUAGAUGUGGAGAAUGUGAUGGUCGUCGUGUCUCGCUGGUAUGGGGGUAUACACCUGGGGCCGGACAGGUUCAAACACAUCAACAACUGCACACGCACCAUCCUAGACCAGAGCGAUUACAUCAAGGACAAGGAAGAGAAAAAAGGUCCAAAGGCUAAGAGCAGUGCAGAGAAAAAGAAGAGAUGAUAAAAGGCAUUGAAGAGUUAAACACUUAUGGGAGUCCUAGAGUCUGACACUCCUAAUUUCUGGCACGGACACCUUGAUUUUUUAGUUUGGGAGCCCCAUCAGCCUCCUGGUACAGGCAUAAAAGACCGAAUCAAUAAAUGCUUUUGGGGAUCUAUAAUUAAAUUUGCCAGAUUGUGAAAACAUAUGCAUCUUCUCACAAGCAUUGUUUUGAAGAUGAUUUUCUUCAUGUGCUGGUGUCAUGACGUGCUUGAUUUUGACUCCGACCCUUUAAAUUUGUCAUUGGAUAGUAUGGUGGCCUCUGUACAAAAGCAUUUUGUGUCUAACCCUGGAAUGACUUUGCUCUGUGAUAACAAUGGGGCUGAUAUUUAUAUGCAAGGAAAGGUCAACUGCUGAAACCUCCAACCAUUGGGUUGCAUUACAAAUAUACAGUUCUCCUCAGUUGGUUGUCGAACACAUAUCACUAAUGUCAGAAAUGGUGUUUUAUGUACCAACAACAAUUCAGCUUGUGCCUUUUUCAUCCUGGAUAUUUAGAAAAAUGGCUACUAGUUGUUAAAUUGAUUUAUUGAUCCAGCCAUUGAAGAUCUUGGAUGGAACCACUCUUCACCAAAUACAAUCAGCUUCGUGCCAUAUAGCGUGAAAAUGAUUAUGAAUUAUUUGCUGUGACAGUUUCAAGAAUUUGACAUUAUUACUAAAAAAAUAAGGCAAGUUAAUGUGCUAGAUUAUUAAGAUAUGAAAAGUGUUGAUGCUGAAUGUUUUUUUGUAGAAUCUACAAAAUACACAUACAGUAAAAACCUGUUGGCUUAAUAUACAUGCACUGGUAUAGCAAAAUACUUCCAGCCAAUUGGGAAUGCUUACUAAGAGUAAAACAAAAUUUCUCCUUAACAUCAAGUUUGGGCCAACAAGGAAAUCAAACCAAACAUGGAGCAAACUGGUUUCGACUAUGUGUAUUUUAUAGAUCAAUAAGCUUACUAAAAUGGAAACCGAGUGUUCUCAUCGUUUUAACAAUAAAGUGCUUGUGGAUGGGAUAGAUUGACUCUGUCAAAAAUAUUUGUAUGUAAAGGAUUGUUAAGGAUGUUACUAGUAUACAUUGAUAAAACAUCAAUUGAUAUAUAUAUAUGCAUUGCUUGGUAAGGAAACGUUUUUCAUCAAGAAAACAUCAGCUGUUACUGGAUUGUUAUACAUAAAAGAGUAUGUUUAAAGUCAGUUGAAAGCAUAGAGGUUAAUUUGCUUAUUUAAAGUAACUUGAUACAUAGUUUUACAUGAAGUGUUGUGGGAUGGAAACUAGGGAAAAGUAUACCAUGUAAUUCAAGGGCUCAGCACAAUUCUGAUCAUAACUCCAUAUAUAAAUAUUGGAGAUAGCAUUUUAUGGGCUAAGCCGGUAAUACACAUUUAAGAGAUGACAGUUAUGCACCAGUCAGUUGUAACCACGGGCCCCAGGUCUAGGGAAUAGCCGGCAGGUAAAAUCCCCGCCCUGCGGGGACACAUUGAUGUUUAAACCCCUGCCAAAUGCCCCCGCACCCUAGAGACUCUAUAAGGCCCAAUCUCCGCUAAAUUUGGCGCUAUGACAAAACCACCGUAGUCACCCGGCCCUGCAGGGGCACCUGGAAAGUAAAAACACAGCCCUUUUCCCCGGCUAUCCCCGGUAUACCCCAGACCUGUGGGGGGCAGUGGUUACAAUUGACUAGUGCAUUAUAUACCUGUGAAAAUCUGCAAAUCACAUUGUUGCAUUUUGUGAUAUAAAUUGUGUUUUUUUUUUGAUAAUUUUGGACUGAAAGUGUAUAUAAGUGCCCUUUGACAUUGUUAAAUGUCUUAUUAUUAGGGAUGCAAACGAAUAUUCGAAUAUUCGAUCGAACGUUUGGUAUUCGAAUGUCAAAAUCAGUAUUCGAAUAUUCGAUGUUUUUGUUGAAAUUAUAAAUUAAUAAACUUUUUGCCUACAACUGUCAUCUUCGUCUGUCUUGUUUUUACAAUGAUGGACCCGUAAUGCCAGAGGUGUAAACAUAUGACACUAUACACGCGCCAUAUCGGAUUUUUGCAUUUACUGGCUGUUAGACAAGUGACAUCAAACACAUUCCAAUUAUUUUGGGAACAUUUAAGAUCGGCCUUUAUACCAAUGUGUUGUCUUUCCCUGCGAAUCAAGCUUGGCGAUAUGCGCAAAUCGCCUUGAUGAUUCGAAGGACAUGUGAUAGUUAUUUGCUUUAAACUGUUUUCCAUGUUUCGUUACAACGCUCUUGCGUUGAAAAGUAGUUGUAUGGUUAAACGUUGUAAAAUACAUCAGUCAAAAUCGACGUGCGGCCAUGGUUGGUGUCGUUUUCUAUAAAAAUAUUUCGUAAACAUCAAUCCCAGAACGAGGCUGCAAGUACCACGUUGGCGCAUAUCGUCAUUUAACCGGGAAAAACGAAAUUGCCAAUCUUAUUUUGCAUUGUUUACAAAAGUGAACGCAGAGGAAUUGAUAUAGUUUAUUUUUUUGUUUAAAAUAUAAUUAUGGCUUUUUCUUGGGAUAUAUUCUGAAAAUGGGGAAAUUCAGAGGCUAAUUUGUGGAACAAUAACUGUCCGUCGCGUGUACCGAAUACGACAAAGAAGGGUAACAGGGCCCUAGCUAUUACGUUAUUGAAUACUAGUUUUCUACAAUUCUUAAAGGAUCAUUUUGGUUUUCGAAUAUUCGAUCGAAAGAAUUACCGAAUAUUCGAAUAUCAAUUUUGCCAUUCGUUUGCAUCCCUACUUAUUAUUAAAGUAAUAAAUCUAUCAAAUAAAGUGAGUCAUUUUCAUCAAUUUAAGAAUAAUUUCACUGCAUAAAAAUGUAGAACAGGCAAUUGUAGCUGUAAGGGGAAUUGUGCUUCACAGAAAACGUCUUGCAGAUAUGGUAUUCCAGAUUUACUUAUUUAAGAACAGCUAUGGGCCUAAGUCUUAAGCGUAUCAUGUCAUCAUCUAAUGGUGGUCACUUCUGCAGAAUAAUUUUGAAAUCCCACCAGGA